GUUCUUGCGCUCAGUCUUGGUGAUAGCCGGGGUGCAGUCAGGACGCACGGUAACGGACCGAAUAGGGACCACUGCGAUAAUCACAUGCAUUCUGUAGGACGGAACUGACAUAAUGGGGAAAUAUAAGAUAUCAUUUAAACAGAUGUUCUGUGUCCUCUCCAUCGUCUUUGGUUCGGUUAUCUGCUCGGGGUAUGUUUAUGACCGUCCCGAAAGGUCUGUAGAGGAGGCUGCUUCAUCAAGGACAGACACUCCCUCAGACUCCCCGUGGAUCAGCACGUCAGGAUCCUGCAAGAACAGAUGCUUUGAAUUGGACGAGGCUGAGCCUCCCAACUGCCGCUGUGACAACUUAUGUAAAACCUAUAACAGCUGCUGCCAGGAUUUUGAUGAGCACUGCUUGAGAACAGAGGGAGGUUUUGAGUGCAGUAAGGAGCGCUGUGGAGAGAGCAGGAAUGACCAGCAUGCCUGUCACUGUUCUGAGGACUGUCUGGCCAAAGGAGACUGCUGCACCAACUACAGAACUCUCUGUAAAGGGGACACUACUUGGUUGCAGGAUGACUGUGAAGACAUUAGAACCCAUGACUGUCCGGCUGGGUUUGUCCGUCCCCCUCUCAUCAUGGUGUCAGUGGAUGGGUUCAGAGCCUCCUACAUGAAGAGAGGAAGCACAGUGAUCCCCAACAUCGAGAAACUCAGAGCCUGUGGUACCCAUGCUCCUUACAUGAGACCCGUGUACCCCACCAAAACGUUCCCCAAUCUCUAUACUCUUGCAACGGGCCUGUACCCUGAGUCCCAUGGCAUCGUUGGCAACUCCAUGCAUGACCCUGUGUUCGAUGCCAACUUUAACCUGCGGGGUCGAGAGAAGCUGAAUCAUCGUUGGUGGGGAGGUCAGCCGAUCUGGAUUACAGCAGUGAAGCAGGGGGUGAAAGCUGGAACUUUCUUCUGGCCUGUUUCCAUCCCGUUGGAGAGGAGAGUCCUGACCAUGCUACAAUGGCUUCACCUGCCAGACGGAGAGAGGCCGUAUGUUUACGCCAUGCACUCCGAGCAGCCGGAUACGAUUGGCCACAAGCUGGGGCCCAUGAGCACUGAGAUAGUUAAUAUUAUUAAAACCAUGAAUUGUCUGAUGUUGGAAAAUGUUUUUUUUUUUUUUUUGCAUCAUGCUGUCUGUCACAGGAAGUCUCCAGAGGGAGGAAAGAGGCACCCUGGGAAAUGUGGUUUUGCAGGAGAUCACGGUUAUGACAACAAGAUAAACAGCAUGCAGACUAUUUUCUUUGGAUAUGGACCUAUGUUUAAAUUCAAGACCAAAGUGCCCGUUUUUGAAAACAUUGAACUUUACAAUGUCAUGUGUGAUCUGCUUGGCCUGAAGCCUGCCUCUAACAACGGGACUCAUGGCAGUCUGAACCACCUGUUGAAGAGCCCGGUUCACAAGCCCACCGUGCCAGAGGAGGUGUCUAAACCCACCAGCUCAGGUCCCAUCAUUACUCUGACUGAUGACUUAGGCUGCAGCUGUGAUGACAAGAACAAAGUGGAAGAGCUUAAUCAGAGACUGAGGCAAGCUGUUGAUGACAGCAAGAACCUCCCUCAUGGUCGACCUGCAGUUCUGUUCCGUACUAAAUACAGCAUUCUACACCACAGUGACUAUAUCAGUGGGUACAGUGAAUCACUCUCUAUGCCCCUAUGGACGUCCUAUACCGUCUCCAAACAGGUAGAAGUGACACCUCUACCAGAGCAUCUGACUAACUGUGUCAGACCUGACAUCCGUAUCCCUCCGGCCUUCAGCCAAUCCUGCUCCAACUACAAGGCUGACAAACAGAUCUCCUUCGCCUUCCUCUAUCCUCCACAGCUGGCUCCGACCCAAGACGGCAAAUUUGAUGCAGUCCUCAUCACUAACACCGUACCCAUGUACCCAGCAUUCAAAAGAAUAUGGAGCUACUUCCAGAAGACUCUUGUGAAGAAGUAUGCCAUGGAGAGAAAUGGGCUCAACUUGAUCUGUGGGCCCAUAUUUGACUACGACUACGAUGGCCUGAGAGACUCGGCAGAGAAAAUUAAACAGUAUGGAAGUGGUUCGGGACCCAUCCCAACCCACUACUACUGUGUGAUAACCAGUUGUCUGGACUUCUCCCAGGCUGAGGACAUCUGCACCGGACCUCUUAGCAGCUCUGCCUUCAUCCUACCACACCGCUCAGACAACGACGAGAGCUGCAAUAGCUCUGAGGAGGAGUCUAAGUGGGUGGAGGAACUGAUGAAGCUGCACACGGCCCGGGUCCGAGACGUAGAGAUCCUCACGGGCCUGGAUUUCUACCGUCGGACUAGCCGGAGUUACCCUGAAAUCCUCUCACUGAAGACUCACAUGCACACGUAUGAGAGCGAGAUCUAACCACUGUCUACCUACCCUCUCCUGUCUAUACCUACCCUCUCCUGUCUACCUACCCUCUCCUGUCUAUACCUACCCUCUCCUG